AUGGCCCCGAACAUAGAUAAAGAAGCGGAGCAUCUCCGGAACAAAGCCAGAAAGGAGCUCCUCGGGUUGCUUGAAGGCGUUCGCGGCAAGAAGAACUUGGUCAUUGGGAGAGAUCUGACUGGCCUCCUCAGUCUUUUUGUCCAAUUCCCAACGCUGAAGGAAUAUGGUGUGGACAAAGUCUUCGAACUCGAAAAUGGCAACACCGACUCAUCACAAAGGAACGUCGUAUACCUCGUCCAUGGAGAGAAAGCCAGCUUGGUCCAAUCUGUAGCAGAACAAAUCAAGAAACUCCAGAGGAAUGGCUCGGUCGAGCACGAAAUCUCCGUAUGCUGGGUUCCUCGGAGAACCCUAGUGUCGAACAGGAUUCUGGAAGAUGAAGGCAUUUUGGGGGAUGUCAAUGUCUCGGAGCUCCCCAUAUACUUCCUCCCUUUGGAAGAUGACAUGCUCUCAAUGGAGAUGGACGAGGCAUUCAAUGAUUUAUAUCUCAGACACGAUCCUUCCCCACUUUAUCUUGCUUCAAAAGCCCUGAUGCAGAUCCAACAGCGACAUGGUUUGUUUCCACGGAUUUUGGGCAAGGGGGACAACGCCAGACAACUUGCAAACCUCCUACUCCGAGGGAGAAGGGAGCUUGACGCGGACGACGCUGCAACACAGUACACCAGCAUGCCUAGUACCUCGAUUGAGCAGCUGAUCAUUAUCGAUCGGGACGUCGAUUUUGCCACAGUGUUGUUGACACAACUGACAUACGAAGGCUUGAUCGACGAAUUGGUCGGAAUCAAGCACAACCGUGCAGAAGUUGAUUCAGCUGUCAUUGGCGCUGCUCCGCUGCAGCGAUCGCAGACCGGUUCUUCCUCGACAUCUCCGCCUCCAGCCAUUCGCCAAGGACUCAAGCGCAGGAUCCAGCUCGACUCAUCGGACUCGCUGUAUGAACAAUUGCGUUCCUCCAAUUUCGCUCUGAUUGGGCCACAUCUGAACAAAAUCGCCAGGCGUCUAGAAUCAGACUACGAAGGUCGCCACACUGCUCGCGGCAUCAACGAGCUACGAGAUUUUGUCAACAAAUUGCCUGGUUUCCAGCAAGAGCACCAAUCUCUCGCCAUUCACACGAAUCUUGCAGACGACUUGAGCAAGCACACUCGCUCCGAGACCUUUAACCGCGAAUUGGAGGUACAGCAGAAUAUCGCAGCCGGAACAGACCCAAUCUACCAACACGACACUAUCGAAGAGCUGAUAGCCCGAGAUACUCCCCUAUCUACCAUCCUCCGUCUUCUUUGCCUCGAAUCAACCAUAGCUGGUGGUCUGCGACCUAAGGACUUAGAGUCGUUCCGCCGGCAGAUCCUACACGCCUACGGCUUCCAACAUCUCUUGACACUCGACAAGUUGCAGACCAUGGGACUCCUCCAGCCUCGCUCAUCCAGUUCAGCUUUACUUCUCCCCGUCGGCGGCGCAGGGGCCCCAUCGGAAAAGGGCACGAAGACAAACUACGGCUAUCUACGCAAAGAAUUGAAGUUGAUUAUUGAUGAGUAUAAUGAACAAGACCCGGAGGAUAUUGCUUACGUGUACUCCGGCUACGCUCCCCUAAGCAUACGCAUUGUGCAGUGCAUCUUACAAAAACAGUAUCUCCAAACCCUGCACAAGUCGCCUCUGCCCCUCACGCCUUCUAGUACAGGAUGGGCGGGCUUUGAGGACAUCUUGAAGUCUGCGAGGGGUCCAACCUUUAAUAUAGCUCAGAAGCCAGCGGACGAGAAGGCGGCCAGAGCAAAAGCUGCACUUGCGGGCACGGGCAAUUGGAAGACUCUCUUUUUCAUGUUUGUGGGAGGUAUCACCUUUACGGAGAUUGCAGCGUUGAGAUUCAUCGGACGGAAAUUGGCCGAAUCGGGACAGAGGAAGAAGAUUGUUAUUUGCACCACCGGCAUCAUUAGUGGGAGGAGCAUUAUGGAAGGGGUGAUUGAGAAAUCCAAUCUGGGGUCAAGACUUGUCGCGGCCUGA